GGACUACAUGAGUCGAGGCUGCUGUAGGGAGACAUAUGCUUGUAUGAAGAGAGAGAAAGUUCUGUUUCUGCUUGCCUGCACUGGCCAACCUCAGGAUGUUUCUUCAGCUCUGCUAUGGCACAGCCCCAGAAAGCCCUUGAAGACUCCCCUUACUUCUCUGAAGGGUUAGGUUUGGAGGAUGGGGAUUUGGGUGCUGACUCCCUGGAAUGGUGCAAGACAGGCAUAGGAGGGGGUGACACAUAUGACGAGUACUUUGACUUCAGCUCUUGGCACAGCAGCAACCUGUCAGAUUUGUGUCCAGAUGAGGAGGACUCCCCGGAUGCCCUGCUGGGACUGGAGGACACCUACGUUGCUUGGGGAACAACAGACAGCAGCUUCCGCACCAGGCAGAGGAUAGCCAGACAGAGAGAGUUAGUGACAUCUAAGGAUCACCACAGAGACGCCCCAGAGACUUAUGUUAGACGAUCCAGAUGUAGCAGGAGGAAAAGCCCAGAGAACCAUGUGGACUCUAAUAUUCCUUUGAAGUUCAACACCAGAGACCUGUGCUCAGUUAAGCUACGCCCCCAUCUAAGUACAGAGAAACUACAACUAGAACAGUCCAGUUUACAGGCUAUUUGCACAGAAACUCAAGUUGAGGGCAGGACGGGUCCAUACAGUUUACAUGUGCAAAGCCAACACAACACAGACCCCUUUGACACAAAGGUAAAUUGCCCACCAGACACUGAAGUGAAGUUGAACGCACAGUGUGAAGAAAGCGAUCCCAACAGACUGAAUGAAUCUAUAAACUCCGAAACAUGCAUGAUAUACAUAGAUACUACAGAGGACAAAAUUGUGGAGACACAACAACAGCUAAGCACACAUGAGGUGAGAUUACAGACCGCAAACACAGAUAGAAAAGGCGUAGAAAGACAGGAAAUCUGUAAUGUUAACAAUGUUAAAGCAGAGAAUAAUAAACUGUUAAACAUAGGUUUAAAUAAAUGCUACAGUGACUGUAAUGAAAGACACAAUUCAGAACACCAGGCUAUAAUCAAUGAAGACAGAGAGAUACAGGAUAUAAAAGUGCACAGCAAGGACAAAGGGGAAUUGUGCAAAAGGGUGGGGACAUAUUGUAAUGGAACACAUCACAAAAUAGAGAGUAAUUGUAAAGACAACACAUGCAUAGCUGAUACACAUGUAACUGAUGUAAUAAAUGCACAAACAUUCGACAGUCCUUGUACAGCAGCACACUCAUGCACAUACCCAGACUUUCAGUUAAUUACAGAAGUAGUUGUAGCAAAUCAAUACUUCACAGAAGCACAUGGUACAAAGACAAAUAGUGUAUCACAUGACAGCUUCCAGGUGGAACGGUUUGGGUGUGUUGGCACUACAACAGAGGGGACUAAGUCACCUGGGACGGUAAAUGAAAUAGGUUCCUCCAUCACAUCAUCUACACAGACCACAGCCUCUUUUCUAUUCGAUACAUGUGCUACUGAACUGACUGUGGUUCCGAAGGUUUCUACUCUAGCCUCACCUGUACCACUGGCAGACUCAGACAGGGAGACAGAGAGUCUGGCUGAGAGGCAACCAGAUGAAAAACAAACUCAGAGCACACGGUUGCAUCCAUGGCAAGUCCCAGGUCAAAUCCAGGAUUUAAUCCCUAAUCACUUGGAUCAGGGGGGUGCUACUCAUAGGCAGCAGCAUUCGGCAGACAAGCUUUUGGUGAGGGCACUGCCAGACUCUGCAGAACCAGGGCCUUACUCACCUCAUAUCCAAUCUGAUACUGGUAAGGGGUCUAAGGAAUGUCUGCAUCAUCACCAAUUCAAAAAUAAUCAGUUUAUUUCUGCCAAACGAGGAGCAGAGGAUACCUCCUCCCCGUUAUCAGAGAACUUUCAAAGAGAGAGACGGAGGGUAGGAUCACCCUGCUCUCUUCUCCAGCAAAACAAGGAGCGAGAAGUGGAGGAAAGGCCUGUUUAUCUUGACCAGGAACAAAUUGUGGAAGCAGUAAACGAGGUCAAUCUUCGACAACCACAACUUGGCACAACAGAGAUUUCUGAGCACAGUGAGCUAAGAGUUACCUCAAAAGCGACUGCCAGUGAUUCGGAUUCCUACGUUACGCAACAUGUGCCUAGUGAGAUAGGAAAAACAUCAACAUGUCUUGCUGAGUCCAUUCAGGACAUUAGGGGAGAACACCCGGGUGUACCUCAAAAGGCAGUGUCCCAGACAAACAUACAAUCUGCUCUCAGCAUAAUUUCAAGUCACUGUAAGACAGUUAAGAUCCCGGUACCUUCCUCUAGCUUGCAAGCCUCUCUUUCUCUGCUCUCAGACUCCAACAAUAACACCAAGGCCAGUAUAAAAGGGGCAAGGAGAGGGGAGGGUGUAGGCUGCUUCUCAGGGACAGCCCUGAACAAUUACAAAAAUAAUGAGAGAAUAAUUUGCCUCCUGGUUGACCCAUCAACAAAUAUCACCUCUGACCCCUUGGAAGAUUUAGACAAGCCACAGGCAGUUUCUGAUUUAAUUCCCAACUGUAGCUGUGAAGACUCUCUGCUGAGGAAAGACCUUGCUAGCUGUUGCCAUUUAAGCUUGGCUCAUGCAGAUGAAUUAGAAACACUAAAGACAGACAGUGUUGAGGAUAAUGUUGUUAUAGAAAGUCUAGCGUAUUCUAACUCAGAAAGAAAUGAAGGCCUUAUGUCCUUCGUGCCAAGUUCAGAGAGUAGAGGCCUUUUAGUGGAUAGUGAAUUUAAAGAAGGGAAGUAUUGUAGCCAACCAGGGGAUCACAGCUUACCUAACAGAGGAAGAAGAGGCAGCUCAUCCGAAUCAUUUAAGGAAUAUGCACUGUCUGCGGAAUACAGAGACCACACACAGAUCAGUUUACCAACUCCACUGCAGGAGGUGAGAGCAGUAAGGUACUCACACCCUGAUGUCAGCCUCAACCUGCUAGCUGUCAGUAGUUUAGAGCCAAUUUUGGAGGCUGAGCGGUCACUGGAAAAUUGCAGCACAAUAGAGGAUGAUUUAAAAAAAGAAACAAAGAAGGAAUCCGAGAAUAAGAGGCCUGCUGAGGUAGUUCAGGAUAAUGUUAACCUUUCAGGGUACAUCUCCAGUAUCAAGACUCCGCACCACCAGCCUGAGCAGGAACAAGAAUCUUUAAGAACUGCGGAGUCAGAACCUGAGGUGAACCCAGUCCUAUGUAAUAGUAGCGAAAAACACUGUAGACCCAUGACUGUUGCCCAUGAUGCUGCAUCAUACACCUCAGCUAGCAGCAACUGUGAUGUGUUGGAGGAUCCUUGCUUUGUUAUUUCAGCCAGAAAUGCCAACCCUGACAAAAUGAACAAGAGAAGCAAAACAAAAGGCAACAAUUCAGGAAAUAAAGGCUCUAAGUUUUCCGUCUUUGCUAAAAUGCCUUCUUUCAGGAAGGCUAAGGGCUCAAAAGGUGCCAAAAGUGAGGAGGUACCCCAGGAGCCAUCAGAUGGAGGCGGUGAGGAGGAGGCCCUUCUGGAUGAGAAAGGGCCACAGAGGGACAACUCAGAUGAUGAGGUUUUUGCCAAAGGUGAUGUUCUUAACCAAACAGUCCACCAAGCAAUUACCUCAUUGCGUUGCGAGAUAGAAAAAGAGAACUGUGGCUUUUUCUCCCCUACUCCCCACACUCGCCAUGUCCGUCAGCUAGUCAGCCAAGGGAGUGAUGGGGAGGGUAAUGGAGGACCAAGCCCAGACAACCCCCUCCUACGGCAAGUCCAGUCACCUAAUGGGCAGACUUACAAGAGGAGCAAGAGCAAUGACAGUUUGAACAUCCGCAUGUGUUUUGCACAAGCACACAGGUCCCUUUCCAGCCUAUUUGAGUCCCGUUCGAUGGAUAAGGAGAAUGAGGGGCAGGCCACAGUGGGCACUGAUGUGGAUUCUGGUAAAGCCAAAUUAUCCUGGAGGAAGCUAAAAAAGGCUGAGAUACUUAAAAGAACUCUUUCAGUGCCAGAUGGAGAAUGUACCAACACAGCUUCUGAGCACGACCUUGGAGACUUAACAUCCUCUCUAAUCCGAGACAGGUUCAGCAGUCCAGGGUCACCAUCCUCCCUCAGAGCUCUUCGCCACACUGAUCCCAUCUUCAAGCGGGGAGUUCCACAAGUUAGUGGGAAGGGAAACAUCCAUGGGUGUAAAUCUGAAGGCCAGAGAAGAAAAUGUUCAGCAAAUGGUCCACCUACCACACUGUGUAUUUCUGGCCUACCUCAAUUUUUAGAUGACUCUGCAGUCAGCCCUGACUCACCUUUGAGCCCCAGCUCACUAGCCACCUUUGCUCAUAAGCUUUCACCAUCCUGGACCACAUCCCACCCAGUGGCCAGUGAGGGCUUGACUGAGCAUCCCCUACGGCCAAUGAGCCCUAAACCAAACAGCCCUAGGCCGGCAGCUCAGCGCAAAAUGUUUCGCUACCCUCUCUAUGCAAGGGCCAGUUCUGUCUCUCCUAUCCUUCUGGGCCAGUCAGUCAGCGUGGAGGGAUUGACAGACCCCCCUAAGAGACCAAAAACCAUAAAACCAUCUGCUAGCCCUCUGGAUGUAGACGAGGGCAGAAUAGACAGCCAGUCACACAUCAGCCUAUAUGCCAAUGGCUCCAUCAACGAAGUAGAGGGCACACAAAACAGUGGUCAACCUGCCACUCAGUCCAGAACAAGAAAGCUCAAAGUCAAGGGUGAGGGGAAGGCCGCUGUGGUUCCUGGCAGACUGAGGACUGGCUGCUGGGUGUAUGUGGGCCAGGAUGGAGAUGGAGGUGGCCAGCAGCGGAUGCUAGAGUGUUCAGAUGACCUCUGGAUUGAAGAGCAAAAGAAAUUCAAACGCAAACUGGCUAGAGCCAUCAGGGGGAGCCUGGGCCAACUGAACACACUCUUAUCUGAAGAUAUGGACAAAGAAAGCUGUGGCCACUGUUCGACACAUGCUGGAGUCACCUUUGGGCACGUUAGGGCCUUCCGGGGGAUGCCCCUCAAGGCCCACUGCUUCUCUCAGAGCACCCCCAUUGGUCUUGACUGUCUGGGCUGGAGAAGACACAUCUCCUUCUCCUCGGUGGUUGUUCCUGAUGGGGCGUCAGAGAAAGCAGGAUUUGGGGACGAGCUGGACAGUGAAGAGGAUCUGCUGUAUGAAGAGUUUCGGAGUUCUGGACAUCGCUUUGGACAUCCGGGAGGUGGUGGAGGAGAGCAGUUAGCCAUCAAUGAGCUGAUCAGUGAUGGCAGCGUGGUGUUUGCCGAGGCCCUCUGGGACCAUGUCACAAUGGACGACCAAGAGCUGGGAUUCAAGGCUGGUGAUGUCAUCGAAGUAGUGGACGCCAGUAACAAGGAAUGGUGGUGGGGUCGCAUUAUGGACAGCGAGGGCUGGUUCCCAGCCAGCUUUGUACGGUUGCGUGUGAACCAGGAUGAGCCCAUGGAGGAGUAUCUGGCGCACCUGGAGGAGGCUCAGGCUGGCGAGGAGGUUGGGGCUGGUCUGGGCCUGUUGCUAGGACCUGGUUUACCCUGCAAAGAGCAGAUGAGGACCAACGUCAUCAAUGAGAUCAUGAGCACUGAGAGAGACUACAUCAAGCACUUGAAAGACAUCUGCGAGGGUUACAUCAAACAGUGCCGCAAGAGGACAGACAUGUUCACUGAAGACCAACUUCGUACAAUCUUUGGCAAUAUUGAAGACAUCUACCGAUUCCAGAAGAAGUUCCUGAAAGGCCUGGAGAAGAAAUUCAACAAGGAGCAGCCCCACCUCAGCGAGAUCGGCUGUUGCUUCCUUGAACACCAAACAGAUUUCCAGAUCUAUUCAGAGUAUUGCAACAACCACCCUAAUGCCUGCAUCCAGCUCUCUAAGGUCAUGAAGGUCAACAAAUACGUGUUCUUCUUCGAGGCGUGCCGACUGCUCCAGAAGAUGAUCGACAUUUCCUUGGACGGUUUCCUGCUCACCCCAGUUCAGAAGAUCUGCAAGUACCCACUGCAGCUGGCUGAGCUGCUCAAAUACACCAACCCACAGCACAGGGACUACAAAGAUGUGGAGGCGGCCUUAAACGCCAUGAAAAACGUGGCCAGGCUGAUCAACGAGAGGAAACGUCGUCUUGAGAACAUCGACAAGAUCGCCCAGUGGCAGAGCUCAAUAGAGGACUGGGAGGGUGAAGACAUCCUCAUCAGGAGCUCUGAUCUCAUCUUUUCAGGGGAGUUGACCAAGCUAUCCCUGCCUCAGACUAAGAGUCAACAGAGAAUGUUUUUCCUCUUUGAUCAUCAGAUGGUGUACUGCAAAAAGGACCUCCUGCGCCGGGACAUGCUGUACUACAAGGGUCGGGUGGACAUGGACCAUAUGGAGGUGAUAGAUGUGGAGGAUGGCAAGGAGAAGGACUUCAAUAUCAGUGUGAAGAAUGCCCUGAAGCUGCGGUCGCUGGCUGGUGACGAAAUCCACCUCCUGUGUGCCAAGAAGCCAGAGCAGAAACAGCGCUGGUUCCGAGCCUUUGCUGAUGAGAGGAUUCACGUCCAGCAUGACCGUGAGACAGGCUUUUCUCUCACAGAGGUCCAGAAGAAGCAGGCCAUGCUGAAUGCCUGCAAAAGCCAUCCAGCUGGGAAACCCAAAGCGGUGACCAGACCCUACUAUGACUUUCUCCUGCGACAGAAGCACCCCUCUCUCCCCACUGCUUUGCCCCAGCAGCAGGUCUUCAUGCUGGCUGAGCCCAAGCGCAAAACCUCCACCUUCUGGCACAACAUUGGCAGACUGACACCUUUCAAGAAGUAAAUAAAAAUCCAAUAGGAAGGAAAAAGGAAAAGAAAAGCUGUGGAGAGAAGGAACAGAGGAGGAGAAAGAGAGAAGCUCUCUGCUCGUGCCUGAACAGACCUUUUUAAUUCUUUACUCGCUCUUCUUUCCUACACAUAAAAAUGCCCUAACUGACAUACUGAUUUAUUGUAUAGAUGAGGAUGAUUACGAUGAGAUUAUUCUUUUGAAAGCACUUUAUAGGUUGGUUAACAAUCACACUUGAGAAUGGUCUACUGGAGACACUGAGUCAAACAUGGACGGUACAGUCUUGCUUAACUUACUUCCUUCAAUCAAGCAUUGGGUACUAAUACUACUACCGUACUGCUGCGAGUCAGCGUGGGACUCCUGACUGUGCUGACUCUGUGAAGACGUUGGCUGUCGACAAAACUGUGUCGUUUAUUUUCUCUGUUCUAUUGUUUUAUGGUUUGACAGAUGCCAAGUGUUCACAGUGCCAGACUAUUUGUUUUUAUAUUUGUUUUGUUUUGUGUCUGCUUAUGAAUUAAAAGGGAAAAUUGUGUGUGUGCGCGUGUGUGUGUGUGUGGGGGGGCAUUUUGAAUUAUAGAAUUUUCAAAAUCAUUUCAGCUCGUUUUUUAAGUUUUUCUCCAUAUGCCAGGAUUUAGUUCUGUAUGUCUCUGGUGAAUUUGUGGUAUUGUGCAAACACUUCAUCAAAGAAAUCAAACACAGCCCAAAAAAAGAUUAAACUCAUCAUAGAGUAGGAGCUUUUUCUUCAAAAACACAGCAACCCACACACUCCGACAACACACAUUCUUCGAGUCUGAUCCUUGACUCUUACUCUUAUCCUUAUACCUACCAUGUCAAUAAAAUAAACAACCUGUUCUUUUUUUUAAGUGCCAUUUGACAUGUGUCAUGGAUGAUGUACAAUGACAUGCAUGGAUGUGAUGGAAAAAAUACUGUGAAGAAUAUUUUUGUAUCUCUGAAGAACCCUGCUAUAUUUAACCAGAUUCAGGAACUGAGGUUUCACUGUGCUACUAGGCUGACAGCAUCUCUCUCUCUCUCUCUCAAACACACACACACACACACACACACACACACACACACACACACACACACACACACACACACUCCUUUACCUACCUGUAUUUCUUCUAUCCAAUAUACCUGCUCUGUGGUCUGGUCCCCAUUAUAAUCUAAUUUUAGAUCAAUGCAGCCCAGUUAUAUAGUUCUGUAAGUGCAUUCAGUGAAAUGUACUUCUUUCACCUUUAUGUUCAAAGUUUUGGCUUCUGAAAAUAUGAAAUAUUAAACAUUCUUAUGCUGACUCGUGACCAUCA